UCAGCACACAACACUAUUAGUUCUACCUUAUUAACCUUUAAAAAAAAUCCAACGAGCAACAUGUUCGCCGUCUUAGCCGUUUGCUUUGUACUGGUCGGUUCUUGCUUAGCCGCACCCUCCCCAUCCGGAGCCACGUUCAUCCAAAACGAUCAGAUCAACGACAACGCCGGGCAAUUCGCUCUGUUGUACAAGACUACCGACGGUAUAACCCAGUCCAAACAAGGAGCUUUGGUGGUCAACGACGAAGGUAACGGCUACGUGAUGGAACAGAAGGGCACCUACUCCUUCAUCAGUCCUGAAGGCGUGGAAGUAAAAAUGACCUACACUGCCGGCAAGGACGGUUUUAAGGUCCAAGGAUAUCCUCUGCCGGAACAACCUCAAGCGGCUUCAGCCUAGAAGACGACCAGCGCCGUCACAACAAAUCCUUUUAUUCAUUGUUCCGACAACAAGAUUGUGU